GCAAAUAGUACGUGGUACGUACCAGCCUAGCACGUCCAACCAACCCAUCGUGGGAUUUCCUCUCUUUGCCCUCCCACCCCGUUCAGUCGGCAUACUUUCUCAACGCCUCCGGCCCUAUGCCCUACGGGAAUUCCUCUCAUUCGAUUCUUUUCGAUGUAUCCGGCCGCCAGACAGCGCAUCACAGAGGACGGAUAUAGGCAGGCAGCCAAAAAAUGGACGGCGACCCGGCGGUUGAGCCGCAGCUCGACUCCUUCAGCCUGACCUUUCCCUUGCCCUACCGCGUCGCUUUUAUCGUCGUCCUAGCCGUCUGGGGUUGGGGCAUCAACCUCCACCAUCUCUACAACCUCAAGAUCGACGUGCCCUCGCUCAUCCGCUACCCGCAGCGGCCCUCGGCGUCGCACCCCCCGCACCACAGGUCGACCUACCGGCUCGCCACCGUCCUGUCCUCGACCCUCGCCUUCUCCAUCGUCACCUUCUGGCUCUUCAGCCACCGCGACCCGAAGCUGGUGGUCUACUACGACUGGAUGCCCAUGACCUACCUGGCCGUGCUGGCCAUGCUCUUCGUCCUGCCGCUGCGGCCCCUCGCCCUGUCGCACGGCGGCCGCUCCCGCCUGGUCGCCACCCUGCGGCGCGUGAGCAUAGGCGGCCUGGCCCAGGCCAGCGACGGCAAGUUCGGCGACAUCCUGCUGGCCGACGUGCUGACCUCGUACGCCAAGGUCCUGGGCGACCUGUUCGUCUGCGUCUGCAUGAUGUUCUUCCACGGCGCCGCCGGCAGCGCCACCGACCGCCCCGACCGCAGCUGCGGCGGCACCGUCCUGGUCCCGCUCAUCAUGGCCCUGCCCUACGCCAUCCGCCUGCGCCAGUGCCUCAUCGAGUUUGUGCGCGUGCGCGCCGCCCCCUACAAGGAGUCCACCGGCUGGGGCGGCCAGCACCUCGCCAACGCCUGCAAGUACGCCACCGCCUUCCCCGUGCUGCUCCUCAGCGCCCUGCAGCGCAGCAUGCCCGCCGACGCCGGCGCGAGGGGCCUGUACCGCGCCUGGGUCGCCGCCUGCCUCGUCAACAGCCUCUACAGCUUCUACUGGGACGUCGCCAAGGACUGGGACCUGACCCUCUUCUCGGGCCGCCGCGAGCGCAACUCGCCCGAGCACGCCCCGGGCCUGCGCAGGAGGCUCCUGGUCGGCGGGCCCGCCCUCUACUACCUCGUCAUCGCCGUCGACCUCAUGCUGCGCUGCACCUGGAGCCUCAAGCUCAGCCCCCACCUCGACCACAUCGUCGACUUUGAGUCCUCCAUCUUUGUCAUCGAGUUCCUCGAGGUCUUCCGCCGCUGGGUCUGGAUCUUCUUCCGCGUCGAGACCGAGUGGCUGCGCAACAACGCCGUCAACUCGGGCCUCGCCGUCGACGACAUCCUGCUGGGCGACUACCAGGGCAAGUAUGAGGACGAUGAGGAAUAGGGCUUCUUGUUCCUCAUCCUGCCCAGAUUAUGUGAGAAUGACAGGCGGUUCGACUUUUAUACCAUCGGCUACGGCCACGGCCUCGGCCUCGGGUGAUGACCUUGAUUAUUUUUUUGUGGGAGAGCACGUAGCAUCUCUUUUCUUCUCUUUUGCGGUGAUGAUACCACGUACGUUAGAGAGAAUCGGGAGGGAGUUUGAUGGCGCAUAUCAUGAACUAGAAUUGAAUUAAUACGCAUAAAUGCACACCAGACCAACCCUUGUCUUUUUCA